CGCUAGCUGGAGCCGCUAGCAAUUGUGCAAGUCAUGCUGGGCCAUCCAACGACGAAAGGCUGGGUGGGCUGAGCUAAAUGGGACGACGGCAACACGGAACUUCUGACGAGGCUGGACUGCAAUAGCGGCGUUUCGUGGACUUUGUGGCAUGGAGACCUAACACACACACACACCCCAAAAAAAGCUUCUUGUCGAAGAUGACAAUCAUAUGAAGAAGGAAAGUGGACUCUCUCAGGAGUGUCAAAAAAAUCCCCCCCCCCCCAGCCCCGAGCUGUAAACGUUUUCCCCUGGACUCUCCCUGGCUAAUUUUUAAAGCUCUUUAAGUCCUCUUUAUACUUGUCGGUUCAAGGCCCCGUUUUUGUUUUUAUUUUAUUUUUUUUACUUUCACCUUUUUGUUCCUUUUGCAAAGAAAUGCUUUACCUGAAAAAGUACUUCACAGAGGGCCUGAUUCAGUUCACCAUCCUUCUGAGUCUGAUCGGGGUGCAGGUGGACGUGGACACCUACCUGAGCGGCCAGCUGCCCCCCCUGAGGGAGAUCAUCCUGGGCCCCAGCUCAGCCUACACGCCCGCUCAGUUCCACAACCUGCGCAACACCCUGGACGGCUAUGGCAUUCACCCCAAGAGUGUGGACCUGGACCAGUUCUUCGCCACCCGCCGCCUGCUGAAUCGGGUGCGCCAGCUGGAUCGCCUCUUCGUGCCCAGCCCUGAGCUCGAUACCUGGCUGGUGCACCGCGACGCCGAGAGCGGUCAGGCGGGGGGCGCCAGCAUCGCCCUGGACAAUGGGGGCGCCCUCGAGGACGUGAACGACCUCGACGCUGCCCCGGCCAUGAGGGGGACCGGAGGAGGCGAAGGGAGUCCGCCCGAGACCACCUACAACCUCAACGUAGCCGACGGCAGCCUUGGUGCGGUGGCAUCCGAUGGCGACCAGCGGCAGGACGACAACGACGACCUCAGCAAAGAGGACAUCGACCUGAUUGACAUCCUGUGGCGGCAGGACAUCGACCUGGGCGCGGGCAGGGAGGUGUUUAACUACAGCAGCCGGCAGAAGGACACCGAAGAGGACAAGCUUUGCCCGGCCCAGGAGAGCAAGGACACCAACGAGGAGCAGCAGCGAGAAAGCUGGAGGAACGGCGUCAACCUCCAGACGCUUCGCUCUGUGGACAUUGAGACAGGAGAGAGCAUUCCACAGCAGCAGCCUGCCGAAGGCUCACAGACCUCCCUGUCUCUGCAGGAGUGCUUGAGGCUGCUGGAGGCCACAUUCCCAUUCGGAGAAGAUCCAGAGUUUCCCGCCCCAUCUGUGGAACCCGAAGUGGCAGCCACCGGUGCAGAAGCUCCGUCCACGUCACAGGGCCUGGUGCCUCAGCUGGACCUGGAGCAGCAGUGGCAGGACAUCAUGGCCAUCAUGGAGCUGCAAGCCAUGGAUAUGAACAACAGCGACGCAGGGUGCGGCGUUGACAUUAGCAGGAUGUUGGCAUCCGACUUCGGACUGGUCCCGCCCGUGGAACCGAUCCACCAGGAUGUAAGCCUCCACCAGGCUUCGCUGGCCGGCUGCAGCCAGGAGUUCCCUCCAGUUUUUCCCCCUCAACUGGACUCGGCCAGCGUUGUGCGAUCGUCCUCCAGCAACUCCAGCCACGUCAACGCCACCUUUGGGACCACCAAUCUCACUGGACUCUUUCUGCCCCCCCUUCUCAACGCCACCAGUGCUAAUGUCACCGCCAUGCCCAUCCCAGUGGACCCGUUUGGCGGGCUUCUGGAGGAAUCCAUGCUGGACGAGAUCAGCCUCCUGGACCUGGCCAUGGAGGAGGGCUUCAGUCAUGCUCAGGCCUCGCAGCUGCGGGACGAGCUGGACUCGGACUCAGGCCUAUCCCUGGACUCCAGUCGUAGUCCGGCGUCCCCCAGCAGCUCGGAGACGUCCUCCUCCUCAUCCUCGUCCACCUCCGCCACCUUCUCAGAGGAGGGCGCCGUUGGCUACAGCACCGCCACGUCCGACUCGGAAGAAGGAGCUGUGGGCGGAUACCAGCCGGAAUACAGCAAGCUGUGCCGCAUGAGCUUCCAGGACAACUUCCACGGCCUCCCUCAGCUGGGAGGAAUCAACCACAACCACACCUACAACCUACCGCUUGGACCCCCCUUUACAGAGCACCCGGAGCUCCCCAAGAAGCAGAACCCCAAGAACGCCAAACUUCCUCCUCCUUCAUCCGAGCUCCUGGACAAGCACUCGAGCCGGGACGAGCGGCGAGCCCGCUCCAUGAAGAUCCCGUUCUCCAACGACAAGAUUGUCAACCUUCCUGUGGAGGAGUUCAACGAGCUCCUGGCCAAGCACCAGCUGAGCGAGGCCCAGUUAGCUUUGGUCCGAGACAUCCGCCGGCGUGGCAAGAACAAAAUGGCGGCGCAGAACUGCCGCAAACGCAAGCUGGACACCAUCAUCAACCUGGAGGAAGGCGUACACCAGCUAAGGCGUGACAAAGCCAGGCUACUCAAGGAGAAGAUGGAGUUCCUGCGCUCUAUCCGGCAAAUGAAGCAGAAAAUGCAGAGUCUGUGCCAGGAGGUUUUCGCCCAGGUCCGGGAUGAGCAGGGCCGGCCCUACCCGCCCAGUCGGUACUCUCUCCAGUACGCCGCAGAUGGGAGCGUUCUGGUGGUACCACGCGCUGAGCAGAACCGGCCCAGGCCGGACAAGAAGCCCAAGGACAAGAAGAAGUGAUACAACCAAUCUUGUAGGGGACUUUCUACACACACGAUGGAGGCGAGGCCCACCAACCUGCCUGCGCUUGACUUCCCGCAUUUGUUUGGCCCUUCCUUCAUUCUGCUCCUCAUUCUUUUCCCUCGCUUGACCACUCAUCUUUUCGGAUUUCCGAGGCGGGACAAGGGAACGCAAAUACUUUUUUAGAGAGGUUGCUUUGUGGAGGGCGGUUGGAGGACAAAUCAUAGUCAGCCAGGGAGGUUGUGAAGGUCUGGGAUCCACUUUCACCGAGCACCCAGAGCUCCCCAAGAAGCAGGAUCCCAAGAACUCCAAACUUCCGCUUCCUUCACCUGAGCUCCAGGACAAGGACAAGUGCCGGGAACCGAGCCCAGACAUGAAGAGAUCCUUCUCCAAUGACAAAGUUAUCCCGAUCCAAGGACACAAUCAUCAAGAGCCAACGACAAGAUUCAACGACAAGAUCACCAACCUUCUUGUGGAGGAAUUCAUCAAAAUCUGGCCAAGAGCAUCUGCCCCCCCCCCCACCACCCCCUCCCUCCCUCUCCCCUUUUCUCCUCGCUUGGCCACACAUCUUUCCAGACUUCCGAGGCAGGGAAUGUGAACGCAAAAGGAUUUUUCAAGAGCUUUGUCGGCGGACAAAUUGCAGUCAGCGAGGGAGAUUGUGAAGGUCUGCAAUCCACUUUCACCAAGAACACACAGCUCCCCAAUAAGCAUAACCCCAAAAACUGUAAGCCUCCUCCUUAACCGGAGCGCCGGGACAAGCGCCUUCUCCAACCACAAGAUCGUCAAGCUCCCCUUUUAGGAGUUCACCGAGCUUCAGGCCAAGAGCUCCUGCUCCAUAUUUUGUUCCCAGCUCUUCGCUUGACUACUCAUCUUUCCAGACUUCCGAGGUGGGAAAAGCAAAGGAAAGCAAAGAAGACUUUUUUUAAGAGGCGGCUUUGUGGAGGACUAAUUCUUCGGUUGCGGGAUCCAUCUUCGGGUCUGCCAAGAGUUUGAGGAAGUAGCGCUGCCUUGCAACGUGUAUCCACUUGUUAUUCUUCUAGAUUUCCAUCCACAUGUAUCGUCGUCACCAAAAGGCUCAGCUUGACGCGCUGCGCUUACAUUAACUCGUCAUAGUCCGUAGUCCAGGGGUUCUCAAACUUUUUGGGUCCAGGGACCCCUUACAGUGGAGAAUUUCUUUCCCCAAUAACUCAUAAUCCUAACACCAAACAGACACAUCAACUACCAAAAUGAACGUUUCAACCUAGAUAUUUCAGACUCUUAAUACAAGGGUGUCAAACUGAAGGCCCAGGAGCCACGUCUGUCCUGCCACAUAAUUUGUGCGGCCCACCAAAGCAGAUCAUGUUGUUUCUACUUGUUUCUUCCUAAAUGGAUUAGUUUUUUUCAUUUAGCAGGAAAUCUGUCCAGAAAAAGCAUUUUUAUUGACGGUUUACAAAGCAUUUAUUUUCAUGAAAUCCCUUCUUCAAAGACUGAAAAGUGAAUUCAGAAUUUGUUUUUCUAAAUAGUUCUCAAUCUUUCCAUGUGUUGUGUAUAAAAUAUCUAGAACUCAGUUGUGGAGGUACAGUGUUAAACUCGCCAUUUCAGUUAUUUAUGCUAAAACGGGGGCCCGCUGAUGUACUUGUGCCCCAACAUGAGUCACCACUCCCCUACACCCCGAAAAUGCAGCAUCCCUUCAGAUAUUCAACGAGCGUAGCCCCUUUAGAGUGCCUCGUUGUCAGCCGUGAGUGUGCAGACAGAGCCCGCAACCCAAAUGAGUUUGACACCCCUCAUUCUAGACAAAGGAACUAUAAUUCAAUUGAAUUUGGUUAUCGAUUAUCACUAGCUGCUUACACUAACAAGGCUGCAAACAAAGCUUUUUUACAAAAGCAGUGUUGCUACUUGCCAACCUAAAUACUGUUCCGACACCUAUGAUUUUUCACAGUCAUAUCAGAGCUUUUAAUUGGCCCAAAGCUAGGUUAGGGAGAAGUAAUUGACUUGCUUCAUUGGCGCACCAGACCAUAUGUAUUGUUUUCCCCCCAUUUCCAAUGAUACAACUAUUUUUUGUUAAUCAAUUUGGAACCCCAAAGUUACACAUUGCCCUGGGGGGGGGGUCCAGGUACCUCAAGUUGAGAACCACUGUUGUAGUCUACGCAAGUCAGCGUCACAUUCAAAGUCUGCACUUUUUUCCCCAGUUUUUAAAUGUAAUCAUCAGUACGAGGGUAGCACCAGGUUUUUUUUUAUUUUUUUUUUUAUAAGGAACCUCUUGCAUCCGUCUCAAAUCUUAGGGACUGUUCUUAGUUAGGAUGAGUGUGAACAUUGUGUGUGUGUCGGUUGGUGCUUAAACUACUGUAGAGUUUGGAAUGUUGUGUCGUGACGGGGAAGCGCACUUGUUUUGCUCUUGUUGUCGGGGGCGAUACUGAAAAGAUGUCUGUGCCGUUUGUGGUCCUGGAAGAGAAACUAAGGCAUGUGGAGGGAACGUCUGAAGAGUACGGAGCCCCAGACAUUAAAAUUAUGAUAUAACAUGCAAUCAAAAUGCUAAUUUGUGGCCAUGAAAUACUAAUUUUGUGGGUUUAAUAUCGUUCCCAUAGAAUAUUCGGACAUCUGGCUAAGCAAAUGGAGCGCACCUUCACCGGAAAAUGUAAUGUCAGCCUUUCCUCUGAUUGGUUGUGAGAGCAGACGUGUUUAUGUUGACAGCGCUGGCUCGGUAGCAGAGGUAAGCGGAGAUCUUCGCGAGUGAUGUAAAUGACCUCGAGAAAUUCGAAACACCUGAUUUCAGGCCUCUUGGCAGAAAAACGUCUGGAGCUCAGGAAUGCAUGGACGAUUUUAAUUCACAUUUCACGUUUACGGAGUCACCAUAGAGAUGGUAAUGCAUCUCAAACACUAGAAAAGGUUGGUUUGGUAAAAUAUGGGCCCUUUAAUGUGUAUUUUGUGUGUCCACAAAAUUUCUAGCAAAUUAUAACUUCUCAUUGGCCACAAAUUUGUAUUUUGUGUCCCAAUUUAUAGUUUUGAGGCCACAUUUGAGUGUUUUAGUGACCAAAAUUGUACAUUUUGUGCGCACGUUAUAUCUAUAUUGUCGCCACAAUAAAACAUUUUGUUAAUGAUGGGGCCUCGUAGAAGAAAAUUCCCUCCAGGUCCCCAACUCUCGCAUCCUGCUAAAACUUAAGCACUUUUUUUUGUCUUCUGUAAAUAUUUACGUGUCAAUCUCCUCAACACCUUUUGAUUUAGAUCUACCAUGUUUGCUGGCAAUCAACAUUUGUUUUUAUGGAUUAAUAAUAAUAAAGUGGUUUUAUUUCCA